GCCGGGGAGCGCGCACGAGGUGGAAGCGACAUGGACAGGGCGACUCGGCUGGCUGUGGCCGCCGCCUCCGCCUCGGACUCCGCCUUGGCCCGACUGACCUCAUCGGGCCGGCUGGACGAGGAGCAGGUGAAAAGGGCCGUGGAGACGCUGCAGGCGCGUGGCAAGGACCGGAGGACCGCGGACGGGCUGCUCUUGAAUGAGAACGAGAAGCUCUUCCUGAUGGUGGUGCUGUGGAAGAUCCCCAGCAAAGAGCUGAGGGUCCCCCUACCCUUGCCCCACAGCAUUCGAUCCGAUUUGGCAGAAGUCUGUCUGUUCACCAAGGACGAGCCCGAUUCCACUCCGGAGAAGACAGAAGGUUUCUAUCGGAAGCUCUUGAAGAAGCAUGGAAUCAAAAACGUGUCACAGGUCAUCUCGGUGCGGACACUGAAGACUGAGUACAAGGCCUUCGAGGCCAAGCGCCGCCUCCUGGGCAGCUUUGACUUCUUCCUGACCGACGCCCGCAUCAGGCGGCUCCUGCCCACCUACCUGGGACGCCACUUCUACAGCCGCAAGAAGUUCCCGGUCCCUGUCAACCUUCAGGCCAGUGACCUGUCGCGCGAGAUCACUGAGACUGUGAACGGGACCGUCCUCAACAUCUCCAAGGCUGGCUCCUGCAGCACCGUCCGCGUGGGCCACAGCGGGAUGGCGGCGCGCUGUGUGGUGGAGAACAUCGUGGCUGUUGCUGAUGGACUCGCUCAGAAGCUGCCGGAGAAGUGGGAGAGUGUGAAGCUCCUGUACGUGAAGACGGAGAAGUCGGUGUCCCUGCCCAUCUUCUCCUCCUUCGUCAGCGUCCAGAAGGACAAAGACCUGCAGCUCAUAGCAAAGAAGAGGGAGGAUAAAGAGAAGCAGAUAAAACGACAGAAAAUUGCCAAGAAACGAGAGAAGAAUAGACAGAAGAAGCUCAGACGGGCCGCCAGGGCCGCCUUGAACCAGGCCCCCAAGGCAGAGGCCCCCGAGACCAGUGCUCCUCCGGCGAGCGCCCCCGAGACCAGCGUUGCUUCGGCAAGCGCCCCUGAGACCAGUGCUCCUCCGGCAAGCGCCCCUGAGACCAGUGCUCCUCCAGCAAGCGCCCCCGAGACCAGUGCUCCUCCGGCAAGCGCCCCCGAGACCAGUGCUCCUCCGGCAAGCGCCCCCGAGACCAGUGCUCCUCCGGCAAGCGCCCCCGAGACCAGUGCUCCUCCGGCAAGCGCCCCCAAGACCAGUGUUGCUCCGGCAAGCUCCCCCAAGACCAGUGCUCCUCCGGCAAGCUCCCCCAAGACCAGUGCUCCUCCGGCAAGCUCCCCCAAGACCAGUGCUCCUCCGACAAGCUCCCCCAAGACCAGUGUUGCUCCGGCAAGCGCCCCCAAGACCAGUGCUCCUCCGGCAAGCGUCCCUGCGGUCCCGAAGGCUGGCCUCGCGGAGAGCCGGGGAGAGGAAGGCAGAGAAGAGGCCCAGCCAAGCGGGCGCGCCGAGUCCGAGGAGGAAAUCCCAACGCUGGUGCCCAUAGGAGCCGCGCCCAAGGGGCCGGCAGCCAAGCCACAGAAAUCCACCCCCAAGAAGCCUGCUCCGGAGACUGCCAACACCCCCCUUGGGAAGAAGAGAAAGUCCCUCCCUGCUCCCAGGACCCCCGCGGCUGCCCAGCCUGGCACCCCGGCUAAAACACCUGGAAAGAAGCCCCGAGUCACAGAAGAGGCCGAGAAGAACAAGAAUCCCUCCGUGGGGAAGAGAGUCCCAAGGCCACAGACUCCAAAAAAGCCAGAGGCCAAGUUCUUCACCACCGCUAAAGCCUCUGCAAAGACGCCCCGCACCCCCAAGCGCCGCACACCCAGCAAGCCCAAGGCGUCCCCCAGCAGCUGAACACCUGCGUGCCGUGUCUUAUCCGCUAUUAAAGUCUC